AUGAGUGACCGCCAUCGGGAACAUAAAGGGUCGUCUCGAUCUUCGCGUGAUGAUUAUAGGAAGUACAAAGAAAAGGAUGGGAGGCGGACACGAUCCCGGUCGAGGUCUCCUAGACGAUAUCGCUCGCCCCUACCGGGACACAAGAAUACUGACAGGCCCAGUAAUAGUCGAGUUAAGGACUUAGAAUAUGAAAAUAGAAGGAGACAUUCCCAAGAAUAUGAAGUUGAAGAAGUGCCUGCACCUCCACCACCACCUCGUAUUAGUAAAAUAUCUAUUGGUUUUCAAAAACCCAAGGCUCCUAUUAAGAUGACUCUAGGAUCUAAACCUGCAGCUGCGCCUAAGCCAACAGUGGCUUCAGUGUUCAGUGCUGAUGAUGAUGAUGAACCUGAGGAGAUGCCAGCAGAAGCUCGGAUGAGAAUGAGGAAUAUUGGAAGGGAAACACCAACAUCAGCUGGUCCUAAUUCAUUUGGCAAAACAAAGCAAGGCUUUUGUGAUGCUAAGAAAGUUUUUGAGAAAAAUCUGAAACAAGCCCUGGAAACUGCAGAUAAGCCAGCUGUUAAGUUCCCACAGACUAUAUAUAAAAUUAAGCCA